AUGCAGACCUUCGCUGCACCCCCUCAGGGGGGUCUGCAAGAAGAGGACUUCGAUGACCUUUUCAAGGCGAUCGGCUUGGACACCGGGGCGGAGUCUGAGGUUGGCAUGGACCCGACCACGCCACUGGCCCAACCGAAGCGAAAGAAGCGAAACAGACCCGUGCGCUUGGAAGACAUCCAGCUGGAGAAUGAGACGAUUCGCAGUUUGUGGACGCAGGGCCUGGUGGGGCAAAGCUUGAACCUUGACGCAGAAAGUGCGCAGAAGGAGUUCGACGAGGACGAAGAGCCUCCAAAGCUCGUCGACUAUUACGACGUGACGGAGGCCAUCGAUGGCGGCAACGCAGCCAGAAGGGUGAUAAAGAAGGAUGGCAGCAAAGGCACUAAGAAUAUGAAGUAUUGUAAUUAG